CCCUUACACUGGCAUGAAGCGAGGUAAAACAUUGCACCCAGAAAACAAGGGCAAGUCUUGUUUCCGAAGUUGCGAAGUGGUGUGCAGAGUCUGCAAAUACUGCUUUGUGCUAUGACUAGCCUGGGGAAUCCUUGCCUCAAAAGUAUCUGCUCAGUCCAAGACUAGAAAAGAAGCAAACAAACGAAAAUAUGCUCUAUGAAAAAAAAAUGUUAGAACGCAAAAUGUUGAAGACGAAGAAAAGGUGACUGACCGGACUGGCUGGUCUUGUGCUUCCUUGUGUCACCGGUGUUGUUCAUGUCAAUGACAUGCGGCAGCUCAGCUUCCUUUUUGUCACCUACUUCCUUCUCUGGUAUUGGAAAUCUGUCAGAUUGAUCUUCCGCUGAUGACAGUGACAAGGGGCAGGUGUGAAGAUGUAACUGUUUUCACAAGUCAAUUGGAACCAAAGGACUGCAAGGGCGCCAGUCGAGUCGCCUGUUACCGAUAUCCACCCACGCUGGGGGCAGGUCCAUCAUCCGGUGAUUUCACCUGUCAGUCUCAGGUAGGGUCAUUGACAGGCCUCCUAGGCACAGAUUUUCAGAUUAUUCCUCUCACCUGAGUCGGCAAGAAGCGUCAGUCUCCUGAAUUUCCCCGGGCUGUUACCAGGUCGACAUGCUGUUGGACGUUGACUCAUCCGGGCUUUCGACUCUACCGCUGCUACUACUUGCUUUCUACCUCACUGUAGUGUGGCAGAGCAGAGGAAUCUUGGUGUCCAGCUCCAGUGAGUCUACACUGCAGGUUAGAGAAGGGCUGACUGCCAGACUUCAGUGUACAGCCGCGUGUCAAACCGUUUGCCAUUAUCGUUGGGUGUGCAGUGACUGCCACAUUAAGUCUAGAAGAGGUGAUUCUAUCUUGAUCUUGCCCAACGUGACACGUGACCUCGCUGGCUUGUACAGGUGCAACGCCUACAACAAUGGCACUCAUGCAUAUUCUACAGUCAGGCUGGACGUGCUGUACCCAGCACGUGUCGUUGAGCUAAAGUUCGUGAACGAUGCCAGCAACAAGAAGCUGAUUUUUGUCACAUGCCGAGUGUCUGGCAACCCCUCCCCAAAAGAAAUAACCUGGGAAAUCGCCAGCCAGUCCGCUCAACCUAAGAACACCUAUAUAUUGAGACUGGGUCAGGAGCUGACCAGCUCUUUGCCCGUCAUGUCGACCAAGUGCUUCAAGAACGACGACUUUACGUGUACGACUACUAACGGCCUGGACCCGCCUCAUCACGUGACUGCUUCUUUCUUUGUGAAAUGCGCGUCAGCAAUUGAUGCUACUUCCUGUGAACCGUCCGAAGAGUUGCAAACUGUGAGAUUCUUAGACACCAUUGUUCUCAAGCUGUGUGCACUCGCCUACCCGAGACCCAGUGUGGGGUGGCGGCACACCCGGCACAACGCGACUGACGUCAGCAUCAGUGGCUACAGCGUCUCCUACGACACGACCUUCGCUCGACUGAGAACUGAGAUGACAGUUCAUGUCCAGACACCGGACAUGUAUGGAGGUUACCAAGUGCUGGUGGAGAAUGAAAUGGGAGUUCUGUCAAGAACGUUCACUCUGGAAGCAAAAGAACCACCGUGGCCCCCACAAGUCUUGGCGGCUGGUGACGUCACCAGCACUUCCGCCUGCUUGUGGUGGACGGUGGGCUUUGACGGUGGCGCCCCCCAGACAUUUCUACUGAGGCGAAAGGUCGACAUUAACGACGUCGACGACGAGAAAUGUGAGAUGGCCGUUGUCCCUGACAAGGAGGAGCAGCGAGUGGAGCGAUGUGUUCAGGGGCUGACACCCGGCACCAACUACACCUUUCUCCUGAUUGCUACAAACCGUUAUGGCGUCUGCUCAUCAACUGUCAUCCUAAACAUAUCGACUCCCUCACAAAGGAGACUUUCCCAGCUUCUGGACUCAGAUGUGAAAGAACCAGAGAAUAAUAAUUCGCUGGUGGAUUCGAUCACACCAUGGGUUGUGAAAGUCGUGCCUGUAGGUGUCUGCCUGAUACUUUUAGUGGCCGGUGGUGUGGUCAUCGCUAAAAGACUGCGAAGGGGAGAGAAAGGGACUUACACUGAAGGUCAACAAUCAACCGUUGAAUCGACCACAACCGGUAAUAAUCUGCUUGAAACUGACUCACCCGAUGAAAACAUGUACCUUACAAUACAGGAAACACAGUCUGUGUAUGAAAAUGAAGAUGAUGAAGGUGAAAUUACAGUUACUGCGCAUGCACCGCCUUCCGGAACAGAGCUCCGCCAUUAUGGCUCGGACGGACCAAUCAGGGCCUACGAAACUCUACUGCCGCGCGGUGAAAACGGUGACGGACCAAUCAGGGCGUACGAUGCUCUGCUUCCCUUCGUUACCAUCAGCGGCAGACGACAGCCAGUACAUCGACAUGACUCGGCUCACCGACAUCGUGACACCACCACCGGCAAACGACAGCGACAAUGCUUACCUUCACGCCAUGCCUCAAAGCAUGAUGGGCAACCAGGUGCCGAGCAGCAGACGACAGAUAAAUACCCCGACCUGCGAACUCCAGCGAUGCGACAGGAAAGGUCGCCUGAGUUUACACAUGGCCGGUCAAGGACACAGGCAUCUUUGACCUCGCUGAGGACUCCGGGGAACACCGAUGAAGAAUAGUACAUACUUUAUAUAACAUACAGUCUGCUUUCACUUUUCAGGUAUAUAUAAAUAUCAUAGACAGAUAAUACAGGUUUUGCCUGGUUGGUGGACUUUUUUCAUUUUUCGUUUCCUUUUAGAGAAAGGUAGACAGACGCGUACCAUUCCUCACUCGGUGCUGUUUCCAUGGAGCGGGGUACCGCAGGCGUGAUCCUUUCAUGUGUUUUCCUCUUACUAACCACUCACGUGUAAGCAGCUCGAUGUAUGGUCAAGUGGGGAUAUACAUCCGAGUGCAAUUGCCCUAAUGUUUGCUGUCUAUACUACUCUACUGAAAUGUAGAUGUACUGAAAUGUAGAUGUUGAAUCGUAAGCAUAUUAUUAUAUACACGGCAAAUAAUUUACGAUUGCAAUUACAAGGAGCCCGAAGAGUUUGCCUGGUACGAGUCCCGUGCUGGCUCUGGGUGGCCCUGUAUAUAAUAUAUACAUAUUAUGUAUGCACAUACAUAUACAAACUACGAACAAAUACACAUUGGUCUGUGUGCUAACUAUAUAUAUAUAAACUGGGCACAAGGGGACAUUUGUCUGUGCUAAAUAAAUAUGUGUAUAAAAACUGUGCACGAGUGGACUUUCCGAAUGUGUUUGAGAGUGUUGAUACAUUGUUCCCUAUACUGUAUCAGUGAACAGUUCGUUACGUGAAAAUAAAUUCUUAUUUGAAGGAAACUGUCCAUGGUUUGCGGUGGAAGUAAUCUGUAAUCGGUGUUACAGUAUUUUUUAAAAGCAUAAAUAUGAAUGAAUUUUCUUUUGCCUAAUAGAUCUUUCCUAUUUAAAUCAGCUUUGUUUGAAACAUUGAAACAAGUGUGUAUGUCUACUUUAUGAAACAAAGACUAGAAUAAAAACCAGUGCAAGUCUCAGAAGUUCAAACUUGUUUAUGAAGUGUUUCAACACCGAGUUACCUGUCUUGUUUAACGGACAGGCUACACCACACAGGCUAUUUCUCAGAACGAUAAAAUCCGUAGCAUAACAAACAUCUGACUAUUGAGUUCUGUAGAUUGGGAAUGAUGGACACACUGUGUCAUUCACCUGCAACACUUCACUUGUUUAACGUAAAAGGUGGGGACACAACAUUAAACAGAUCCAAUGGACCGUGAAGAAAGGAUUCUGACGGUUUGGAUCAUUAGUCCCUUUCAUUAUCAGAACUUCCCAAGUAUAUAUUCUGAAUAACAACGCAUUUUUUCAGAUGCUCAGACUGUUUGUGAAUGAAGACAAACUUUUAAGUAGAUAUUCAUUGUAAAUGAAGAAAACAUAUACACAGAUGGUCAUUCUGUUUAUCAAUGAAGACAAAGUAAUACUGUUCAUGUUUCACAUUUGCUGGAGCAGCCACUAGAGAUCAGAGUGCAUGUGAGAGUCCGCACACACCUGAUGUUUUCACUUAAUUAUCAAUUUGCUGGUCGGUCAUCUUUAAGUGCAGACGAACUGGGGGUUUGUCUCCCUGAGUAGUGCUAGUGGAUGCAGACAGCACACUUCCUCUAUUAUUUCCAAUUCUACUCAACCAAUUGACAAACGGACGAGAGGUGUGGCUUCGAAAUU